AUGGCUCCGAAGUAUAGCAUCAACCUGAUAUGGGUUCCCGGUCACCGAAACAUCGCAGGCAACUGUACAGCUAACGAGCUGGCAAGACUGGGCACUUCCAUACCCCUUCUACCGGAUAAGGAGAACAUGGGUUUGCCGAUGACUACCUGUCAGGCACUGAAAGACCUACAGAGCACAAUCCAAGGGUGUUUGAUAGCGCUGGCUCAUUCCAACAUUUCCACAGAGAACUGGGACUGUCUCCUGGUAUUCCUGUGCGCCAGUAGAUUGCCGAAACUGACCCUUUCCUUAUGGGAGCAGUCCCUUUCAUCCAAGUCCGACAUUCCGACCUGGGAUGAAAUGAACACGUUUCUUAGCGAACGAUACCGAACGCUAGAGGCGAUUGAGGAGAUGAAACCCAGCCACAGCAAUCACUCUACCGCUAAGAGUCAACCCGUUCCCAGGAAGCUCAACUCUUUCGAAGCAAAGGUAGUUACUAAACCAAAGAAUUGCGACCUGUGCUCAAAAGAGAGUCAUCCAGUGCGCUUAUGCCAGCGUUUUCUCCAGAUGUCUGUGAAUGCGCAAACAAUCUACAUCAAAAAAAAACAGCUUUGCCUAAAUUGCUUCGCAAAGGACACCAGCUACGUGACUGUACUAGCACUCACAGCUGUUUCACAUGCCGAGCUCGGCAUCAUACACUCGGUGCAAGGGGCCGCCACCGGUCUAGAAAAUCCGCCCAGUGUGCAGAACUAUUUCGCAACCGGUGCUAGAGCGGUUUUGCUAGGCACGGCUAUUAUUGAUAUAUGCCACUUGGGAACGAACUACAGGGCUCGUGCUCUAAUAGACUCGGGUUCUGAGGCAACGUUUAUUUCGGAACGCCUGUUCAAUCUGAUUAAGCUGCCAUUCCGCCUUAUCCAAGCCCAAGUUUCGGGCUUAAAUCAAACCGUUUCCGCUCAGGCGACCAAGCUCUGCCAUUUUUCUAUUCGAGCCCCUAAUAAGCCAGGCCUUCAGCUAGAAACCACAGCUUACGUCUUGCCCAAACUGGCUGGAAUGCUUCCGUCGUACCCAAUUCCACGAGAUGCGCUGGUUGAUUUACCGGCCAUCCCCCUCGCAGAUCCAACAUUUUUAGAGAGUUCCCAGAUAGAUGUUCUGAUCGGAGCCGACAUUUUACCGUCCGUGUGGCUGAGCGGCACGCGCACCAACAUUUGCGGCUCUCUGCUAGGACAGGAGACUAUUUUCGGCUGGGUGCUUACCGGCCCAGUGUCCAAUGCAUCAGUCCAAAAGCGGGUAGCAGCUUUCACGACCCAGAUAACCGAAACAAGUGACAGGGUCUUAGAAAAACUUCUCACUAAGUUUUGGGAGGUGGAGAAUAUACCAACAAGGAGGGUAAAGGAAUCCGAUUCCUAUUGCGAGGGCAAUUUUCUCCAAACCACCACUAGAGACGCAAGCGGGAAAUACGUGGUAACGUUACCGUUUUGCGAACCCGAAAAUUUCGGAUCCAAAUUGGGGCACUCGCGAUCCAUUGCCCUAGCUCAGCUUCUUAGGAACGAAAACCGUUUAAAAAGAGACUUUCCACUAAAAGAGCAAUAUGACUCAGUCAUUCAAGAGUAUUUGGAUCUGGGUCACAUGAGAGAAGUUCCCCCGUCUUACGAUACUCCAAACUAUUAUCUUCCACACCAUGCUAUGAUCAAACCCGAGAGCACCACCACUAAACUACGCGUGGUAUUCAAUGCUUAUAGCCCUUCAGCAAAUGGGACAAGCUUGAACGAUAUUCUUCAUGCUGGUCCAGUCCUACAAUCUGAUUUAACCAUUCAGAUCUUGAAGUGGCGUUAUUUCCAGUACGUGUACCGUCAAAUCUGGGUCGAUCCCAAGCACACGCCGUUCCAAAGAAUUUUAUUCCGAAACAAAGAAGGAGAAGUAAGCGAUUUCGAACUAAAAACCGUCACCUUUGGUGUCAACUGUGCACCGUUUCUGGCACUUCGCGUACUCCAACAAUUGGCAGACGACGUAGAAACGGAGUUUCCAAAAGCAACCAAUAUUAUUCGGCAUUUUAUGUACGUAGACGAUGUUCUGGCAGGGGCCAAUUGCAUACAAGAGGCUCGACUUGCUAUCCGCGAGCUUUGCCACGCUUUUAACCUUGCCGGGUUCCCGUUGAGAAAGUGGACAGCGAAUCAGAAUAGCAUACUCGAAGAUAUCCCUAACGAGCACCUACUCCACGAUGACUUUCGCGAUCUCAAUUCCGAAAGCACUACCAAAGCACUUGGGGUUCGGUGGAAUGCGACCUCGGACGAGUUCUAUUUUGUUCCACCGCUAGUUUCGAUUGAAUCUACGUAUACCAAGAGAGAGGUUCUUUCCCAGAUCGCGAAACUUUUUGACCCCGCGGGAUGGCUGUCCCCGUUUAUUGUCCGCUCAAAAAUCUUUAUGCAAGAAAUUUGGUUGCAAGAGUUGGGCUGGGAUGAAAAUAUCCCCACAGAAAUGAAUCAAAGAUGGCAAGAGUUUUUGCGCAGCUAUUCCGAGCUCAAGCAAAUCCGUAUUCCUAGAUGGGUUGGGUUCCAGCCAGAGGUGAAGGUCGAGCAUCAUGGGUUUUGUGAUGUGUCGCAGAAGGCAUAUGGGGCCGCAAUAUACUUGCGGGUUGAAGUAGGACAUAAUAUUAUGACACAUCUGCUUACCGCCAAGACCCGAGUCGCACCCGUUAAAACGGUAUCCCUUCCACGACUCGAACUGUGUGGGGCCUUGCUGUUGUCAGAAAUGAUCGCAGCUAUCCUUCCGAAUAUGCCAAUUUCCAAUUCCGACAUUUUCUGCUGGACUGAUUCCACCAUCGUCCUCGCAUGGUUGAACAAACCGGCAUGCCAAUGGGCCACGUUUGUAGCCAACCGAGUGACCAAGAUUACUCAGCCAGCCGAGGAGUUUCGCUGCAGGAUCUGGUUCAUAGCCAACUCUGGUGGAAAGGACCGGCCAAAAGGCCAGUGGCCAACACAGGGGCUUGCGACUCCAGUUACAGACUUAGAGCAGCGUGCUGUGAAGGUCAAUUUGGCAAAGGCCCUAUACGACGAUUUUCUGGAACGAUUCUCCAAAUUGGACAAGGCUCUGCGGGUCCUUGCGUACGUGUUACGGUUCACUCUACGCUGCCGCAAGAUGCCGAGGGGCCCAGCUGACCGGCCUACAAAGGAGGAGGUCCGAGAAGCUGAAAGAGCCCUUAUUCUAUAUGCUCAACGUGAGGAAUAUACCCAAGAGCUUAAAUUCCUAAACGAUAAGUGUCCAAUUCCAGUGUCCAGCCCGAUAGCCAACCUGUUUCCAUUCCUAGACCAGCACGGCCUGUUAAGAGCAUGUGGUCGCAUUACUGCCUCAACAGCACUUCAGUAUGACGAGCGCCAUCCUAUUAUACUGCCAUAUAACUGUAGGCUUUCUCGUCUGCUCGUCCUUUUUUCACACCAGAUUUCCCUGCAUGGCGGCAACCAACUAGUGGUACGCCUCAUUCGAUCGAAGUAUUGGAUUCCUAAACUCAAGAAUCUGGUAAAAGCUGUGCUAAACUCCUGUAAGGCCACUGUCUCCCAUGCCGAAAAUCCUUCUGAUUUGUUGGCGUUAACGCCAGGCCACUUUCUGAUUGGGGGUCCGUUGCUUUCCACAGCUGAACCCGAAAUUAAGGGCGAUGCUAAGUCGAUUAUAAAUCGCUGGCAACAUUUAAAGGCCCUGCAUCAGCAGUUCAGUGCGCGAUGGAAAGAGGAAUAUUUAAAGGAACUGCACAAGCGCAAUAAGUGGCAGAAUCCGUCCAAAGAUAUACAAGUCGAUGAUAUGGUGGUCGUCAAAGAAGACAAUAUGCCAUCAAACGACUGGCGGCUCGGCAGAGUUGUAUCUGUCUUUCCAGGGGCCGAUAGUAGAGUUCGCGUAGUAGAAAUCCGUACCGCUCGAGGAAUUAUUAAACGUCCCGUCCAUAAGCUAGUACUUCUUCCUAUGGAGGCCAAGGCAGCCUCAGUACUUCCAAAAUAG